AUGGCAAUGACCCGGACCCCAAAUCACUUAAAUAAAACUUACGGCGCACAUGACAGCAGCGAGAGCGAGUUGAGUACGAGCCAGCUGCUGGCGAGCACGCUGACGAAAGUAAAGCGUAGUAUCUAUCUCCUAAACCAGACUAGGAAUAUGAAGGGAGAGCUGAAGUCUGGUAUGGGAGAAGAACUACUAAGUGUAGUUGACCUACUGAAAGAAAUUAUAGCCAGGGACGGUAAAGAGAUAGAAACACAAAAAGGAAAGGUACGGACUAGGGACUCUGGGACACAAUGUGAUCAGGUUAAGGAUAGAGUAGGUGUAGAAUGCAAAUGCAUGGAAGAGUUAAAGGAGGAGAUAAGCGAGUUUAGGGAAGAGUAUAAGAGCGAGCUGCUAGAAAUUAGAAAUUAUUUAGUGGAUGCCGCCUGUCUUAAUGUGGAUAGUAUCCACGUAAAGAUAGAGGACGAGAACGCGAAGGUGAUAGAUAGGGUAUCGGAUCACAUAGAUAAACAAAUAGGAACCUUGACGGAUGCGGCUGGGGAGGGGGGGGUUGCAGUGCGAAAUGAACCGGAGUCAAUGACACGUCCAACUUACGCGAGUGUCACCCGGGGAGGAGGAAAAUCCCAGUUACCAUCCAGGGAACCUAAGUACAGAACCCUCCACUCCCUAGUCGUAUCGGACAAGGAAAAUUUUAUGCCCACGAUUGAAAUAGUGGAGACUGUAGGAAGGGUUGUGGAAGCAAAGAGAGAAGGGAUAAAGGUAGACCGAAUUAGGAGGGGUAAAGGUAGAAAAGUGAUCAUAGGGUUCAGGGAUAAGAAAGACAGAGAAAGAGUCAGAGACAAAAUAGAAAAAGCGGGAGUGAAUUUAGAUACACAGAUAAUAGAAAAUAAGGAUCCCCAGGUUGUGCUGUACGGGGUGCUGAAAAGCUACACUGAUGACGACAUUCUAGAAGCCAUCAGGGAGCAAAAUAAGCACCUCGUAGAGGACAUCCUGGGAGGGACAGAGGAUAGAAUGAGUGUGAAGUAUAAAAAGAAAGGUAAAGAUGAUCACACUCAGCACGUGGUACUCAAUGUGUCGCCGGGGCUGUGGGCGCGCUUCACCGAGGCAGGACAUCUUUAUAUAGAUAUCCAGCGCGUCAGAGUCGCCGACCAGUCCCCCCUAAUCCAGUGCUCGCGCUGCUUGGGGUACGGACAUGGGCGGCGAUUCUGUAGCGCUGCCGAAGAGAAGUGCGCCCACUGCUCCGGAGCACAUCGCCAGUCUGAGUGUGAUAAUCUUAAGGAUGGCAAAAAGCCGUGUUGCACAAACUGUAAGAAGGAAGACCAAAAAGUGACAGAUCAUCAUGCGUUCAGUACGGAAUGCCCGGUGCGACAAAGGUGGGAUGCUAUAGCGCGAGCAGCAGUCGCAUAUGACCCCGAGGACAAAUAA